GGUUGUCAACUUCAUCCUGCGUGUCAAGGAGGGAGAUUUCUAACCCAAUUCUCACAUUCGGACAAUCGGGUGAUCUAUAGACUUGACAGCAUGAACCCACGGGUUUUUCUUUUUCGAUGGCGGUUUUUCUACCAACCUACCAAUUCUCAACAGCCUACCCUACCUAUCAUUGGAAGUGGACGGAUACUAGCCAUUGGACUCACAAAAGACAAGCGUCUAGUGCUACCAUGGCGAUUUUGAUUUUCAGGAGUCGGUCUUUAGGGGGUUCUUUUUUUUUCCUUUCACUUUUUGGAUUCCCUGAAAUGUUUCCAUCAGGGCUGAUGUAUCAUGAGAAUGUACCAUUUCUAUGAGUUUGACACGGUCUGUCCAUUCGAUCCAAUCUAAUUGAGCAUAUCUAGGUAUAUGAAAUCAAGCUAUUGGAUUGGAAUACUCGUUCCUACAAUGAUAC